CAGGGAGCAGGGAGGGCUCCAGGCGUGCCCGCGGCUGCGGCGGAUCCCGGCCCGAUCGGAGGUUUCCCGCGGUCCUUUGCAGCUUGUUCAAAAAACUGGACUUGGCUGGACAGAAUUGGACUUAGCUGGAAACUGUGAAGAAGCAUUUUGCAUGAAGCUUUUACGUGAUUGAAGCCAUGGCAUCGUCAACAAACUUAGACGUUGGGGCCCAGUUAAUUGUGGAAGAAUGUACCACGAGCUACAGCCUUCCACCCAUGCCAGACAUUAAAGUGGAGCAUCAGCUAGACUCCAGCACAGAGGAAGGCCCAGCUCAGAGUGUCACCAUGGGGAUGAAAUUCAUUUUGCCCAAUAGAUUUGAUAUGAAUGUCUGCUCACGAUUUGUGAAAUCUCUGAAUGAGGAAGACAGUAAAAAUAUUCAAGACCAAGUCAACUCUGACCUUGAAGUCGCAUCUGUCUUAUUUAAAGCCGAAUGCAACAGCCACACUUCUCCUUCCCCUGGUAUCCAAGUAAGACAUGUUUAUACUCCAUCAACUACUAAGCAUUUCUCACCAAUAAAACAAUCAACUACCCUAACUAACAAACACAGGGGAAACGAAGUCUCUACAACACCUCUGCUUGUAAACUCUUUAUCAGUCCAUCAGCUGGCUGCUCAGGGAGAAAUGUUAUAUCUGGCCACACGUAUUGAACAAGAAAAUUUAAUCAAUCAUAAGGAUGAAGAAGGAUUUACCCCUCUGAUGUGGGCUGCAGCUCAUGGGCAGAUAGCAGUAGUGGAAUUUCUCCUCCAGAAUGGUGCAGAUCCUCAGAUCCUGGGGAAGGGGCGAGAAAGUGCCCUCUCACUGGCCUGCAGUAAAGGGUACACAGAUAUUGUCAAAAUGCUGCUCGACUGUGGAGUUGAUGUCAAUGAGUAUGACUGGAAUGGAGGCACACCCUUACUAUAUGCAGUACAUGGGAACCAUGUGAAAUGCGUAAAAAUUCUCCUUGAAAAUGGUGCAGAUCCAACUAUCGAAACAGAUGCUGGCUAUAAUUCCAUGGAUUUGGCUGUAGCCUUGGGCUAUCGGAGUGUUCAACAGGUUAUUGAGUCUCAUUUAUUAAGGCUACUACAAAAUAUCAAGGAAUAAGUGUUGGCUCUUCUUCGGGUGUCAGUUUUUGGCUUGGAGAUUUGAACUGCUUUUUAGCCCUGUAAUCGGUGACAAAGGUUGGUUGUUUUGUAACUUUACCUCAGUUCAACUAUUUGCUGAUUUUAGUUAAGGUAUUUAGUAUUCUUCCUCUUCUUUCAUUGUUAUUCAUGCAAAUAUGCAAUGUCAUCCUUUUCUUAAAUAUAUUUUAUAUAAUUUUAGAAGAAAAAGUCAGUUGCCAUGCAUGAAAAUCUUUGUAAAUAAAUCCAGUUUUGACCAUCUAAAUGUUUACACUGAAUGCAGUGGGUGACACUGUGCCAAGUGUCCUACUUCGUGACAUCACUGAUACAUAUUCACAUGAAGAAAUGUGUUUAGGUAUUGAGGUAUAUCACCACAGAAGAUAGAUGUCUUUAUUGUUAUUAAUACUAACUAGUGUGUGUGAUAGUUUGUGAUAUUCUCAGUUCAUAUUUGUCCUGGCUCUGGCCUGGCUCUGGCCAGGACAGGUUUAAUUUUUCCAGUAGGCAGGAGGGGGCAUGGCUGGGACCCUUCAUCAUUACCAGGGGCGCGGGGGAGUCUCUUUCAGAGAGAAGGGGUUCCUUUCACUUGCGGUGGUGUGGCUGCGGUGGAGUCGGGUCAAGCUCCAUGGUGAGCAUUUUUGCAUGUAUACUUUUUUUUGUAUACUUUUGUUAUUAAUAUUGUUGCUGUUACUGUUCGUUUUCGUAUCUCAUUGCUUUCUAGUAAAUUGCUUUUUUUCUCAA